AAAAACAAACAUGGCGGACUCCGAAGCCCUAGGUCCUGUGUAUUUGGCAGUUAGCAACAUUCCCGUCGCUUUUCGCUCCGCGGACCUGAGAAAUUAUUUCAGUCAGUUCAUAGAAAGCGGCGGUUUUCAGUGUUUUCACUUCCGACACCGACCUGAGGUCCUCAGGGAGUCCGAGGGGCCCGAAAACACCGUGUGUGGUGAAAGUGAAGAAGGCAGCUCAAGGUGUCAGGAGACCGACCAAGUGACAGAAAACAGCUCCGUGAAGAAGCAGAUGGUGAAGUCGUGCUGUUGUAUCGUCUCAGUUAAUGCUAAAGACGCUGACAGAUGUAUCAGGAUGUAUUCGGGGAAUCACUGGAUUGACUCAAAGGGCAGUUGGCUGUCCAGACGCUGUGUUAUUAAAAGAAUAAAGGUUUCACAUGACAAAGAUGAUGGGUCAUUCCCCUAUAAAUCGAAGCAUGAGCAGCGGUACCGGGUGUCCCUAACAGAGCGUUUCACAGAGGCUGACCUCAAAAGUUUACCCGAACUGAAUCCACCCGCUCUGAUGCAGAAUGGGAAUGUGGGCACGCCAGUGAAAGUGUUCCUACAGCUCAUCCAGUCCUGCCGAUUGCCUCCGCGCCUCAUCCGGAAGUUGGGCCUCACUUUUCCCAAGACCAGUUCAAACCGUCGCUACGGCAAUGUACCUUUCCAGUAUCAGGACACUUUGACGCUUCCAGCCACAGAGGAGACUGUGUUAACAGCUGCUGGACAUGAAAUAACAGGACCAGGCACUUUGGCUACUCCGCCCUCAGGACGGAGGCAGCGAGCUGAUCGCACAACAGAGACUGAUGAGCCACAGGAAGAAGAGGAGGAGGAUACAAAGUCAAAUGCAGAUGAUGAUGAUGACUGCUGUGAGGAGUGGGAGCGCCAUGAGGCUUUGCAUGAUGAUGUAACGAGCCAGGAGCGAAGCAAAGAGAGGCUGUUCGAAGAGGAGAUCGAGUUGAAGUGGGAGAAGGGCGGCUCGGGCCUGGUGUUCUACACUGAUGCCCAGUACUGGCAGGAGGAAGAAGGAGAUUUUGAUGAACAAACGACAGACGACUGGGAUGUUGACAUGAGUGUUUACUAUGAUAAAGAUGGAGGUGACAUGGAUGCCCGUGACUAUGUCCGAAUGCGGUAUGAAAAAAGGCUGAGGGACGGUCUUGAAGAUAGGUCUGGACACAGUCAGUCUAUUGGCAGCUUUGAGAGGUUCACUAAGGGCUUUGGCCGUCGUUUGAUGGAGAGGCAGGGCUGGAAGGAUGGUGAAGGGUUGGGACACAGUCAGAUUGGGAUUCCUGACGCUCUUGAGAAUGACGGCCAACAUCCCAAUUGCAAGAGAGGCUUUGGGUAUCAUGGAGAGAAACUGCUCUUGCAUCCUGUAAAAAAGGCCAAAACAGAUUUUCAUAUAAGCACAGUGUAUGACAAACCCAAAGACAUAGAUGGAGGCGACACUUUGCUGAGACGGCAACCAAACACGAGUAUGAAGUACAGAGGCUGGCAGCCAGGUGGCAGCGUUGGACCAAGAAGAUGACAUUAAUUUAAAUAUUGUUUUUCUGUAGUAUUUUUACUCACGUAUUUGUCAGUAUUAUUAAAAUAUUUUCAAACCUCA